CGCAGCCGGCGCCGGGAUGGUGCAGCUGUACAACCUGCACCCGUUCGGGUCGCAGCAGGUGGUGCCCUGCAAGCUGGAGCCCGAGCGGUUCUGCGGCGGGGGGCGCGACGCGCUGUUCGUGGCGGCGGGCUGCAAGGUGGAGGCGUUCGCCGUGGCCGGCCAGGAGCUGUGCCAGCCGAGGUGCACCUUCUCAACGCUGGGCCGGGUGCUGCGCCUGGCCUACAGCGAGGCAGGAGACUAUUUGGUAGCAAUUGAAGAGAAAAACAAAGCUACAUUUCUACGUGCUUAUGUGAACUGGAGAAGCAAAAGGACUGAAAACUCUCGCGUGUGUAUCCGGAUGCUUGGGCACCAUGUGGAGGUGCCUGUCAGCGAGAGCUUCCGGGACCAGAUGUCCAUAGUUGAAAUGCCGCUCUCUGAGGCCCCCUUGUGCAUUUCCUGCUGCCCCGUGAAAGGAGACCUUCUUGUUGGCUGUGCAAAUAAGUUAGUCUUAUUUAGUUUGAAGUAUCAGACCGUGAAUGAGGAAUUCUCAAUAUUGGACUUUGAGCGUUCUUUAAUUGUGCACAUAGAUAGGAUCACUCCUGUUGAAAUUUCUUUUUGUGUUGGCUAUAUUGCUGUCAUGUCAGACUUAGAAGUCUUAAUCCUAAAACUGGAGUCAGGCACUAAAACUGGAGAGAGAGGUAACCACCAUCCCCAGAAGCCCAAGAGUGCACUGAGACAGACAGAAGGUACCAGCAAUGAAACCUCACAGCUAGAGUCAGAUGACUUUGUUAUCUGCCAGAAGCCCAUGGAGCUUCUUGGUGAACAAAGUGAACAGUCUGGAAUAUCUGUUACACUGGAGUCUACAGGGUUAUCUGAUGAAAAAAUAAAAUAUUCCCAUGUUCAGCAUCUGUUUUAUAGACGUUUUGCACCUGAUAUUUCCUUCUAUGUCUUAACGGAUGACAUUAAGUUGCAUUCCCUUCAGCUGCUACCCAUUUACCAAACGGGUUCUCUUACAUCAGAUGGAAAAACCUUGUCUCAGGAAAAAGAGUUGCUGAGUCUCUUCUGUUUUUUCUCGUUACCUCACGUGGGCUAUCUCUACAUGAUUGUCAAGUCUGUUGAGUUAAUGUCCAUCUACCAGUACCCAGAGAAGGCUCAGCAGGCAGUGCUCACACCACAGUUUCUGCAUGUCAUCACAAGUAACAACCUGCAGUGUUUCACAGUGCGAUGCAGUGCUGCAGUGGCUCGGGAGGAGGACCCGUACAUGGACACCACCCUGAAGGCUUGCCCGCCCGUCAGUAUGGACGUCUGCGCUUUAAGAAUCCAGCUGUUCAUAGGCUUGAGAGCGCUCUGCCACUUUAGGAACCACAUCGUACUGUUGACCAAGGCGGACCCGGAGGCCAUCCCAGAGAGAAGAGAGUCACCCAAGAGGCUUCUUUCUAGAAGAGAUACCAGUGUUAAGAUGAAAAUACCUCCUGUAGCUGAGGCUGGGUGGAAUUUGUAUAUCGUGAAUACGAUCUCGCCAAUGCAACUAUACAAAGAAAUGGUAGACUACAGUAACACAUACAAGACUGUAAAAACCCAGAACUGCAUCCACCUUCUCAGUGAGGCUCAUCUGUUAGUGAGAGCUGCCCUGAUGGAUGCCAGUCAGCUGGAACCCGAAGAGAAAGAAGAGCUUGCAGCAGCAUUUAAAGAAAGCUGUGGACACCUUGGAGACUGUUACAGCAGGCUUGACACCCAGCAUUCCCACCUUGCCUUACCAUACUAUAAGAUGUCUGGUUUGUCUAUGGCUGAAGUGUUGGCCCGUGUGGAUUGGACAGGAGAGGAUGAAUCGCAGAAAUAUGAGAGGGGGUUAAUCUUUUAUAUUAAUCAUUCACUUUAUGAGAACCUGGAUGAAGAAUUAAGUGAAGAAUUUGCAGCGAAAGUUGUAAAGAUGUUUCAUGCAACCGAACCAAAGCAGCUGCCCCAUAUUCUUUGUAGUCCUUCCAUGAAGAAUAUUAACCCUUUAACUGCCAUGCGCUACCUAAGGAAGAUGGAUACUUCUGGGUUUUCAUCCAUCUUAGUGACACUGACCAAGGCAGCAGUGGCACUGAAAAUGGGAGAUCUUGACGUGUACAGACAUGAAAUGAAAAGCCAUCCAGAGAUGAAGUUGGUGUGUGGCUUCAUUUUGGAACCGCGCCUGUUGAUUCAACACAGGAAGGGACAGAUUGUUCCAACUGAGCUUGCGACUCACUUGAAGGAGACUCAGCCAGGAUUGCUUGUGGCUUCAGUCCUGGGCUUGCAGAAGAACAACAAAAUUGGGAUUGAAGAAGCAGAUUCUUUCUUUAAGGUGCUUUGUGGUAAGGAUGAAGAUACCAUCCCUCAGCUCUUGGUGGACUUCUGGGAAGCUCAGCUAGUGGCCUGUCUCCCUGACGCGGCACUUCCAGAACUCUUUUACAAGCUCACGUCACAGUACAUCUGGAGAUUAUCUCAGAGACAGCCUCCCGACACCACACCCUUGCGAACGUCAGAGGACCUGAUAAAUGCUUGUAGUCAUUAUGGCUUAAUUUACCCGUGGGUUCACAUCUUAAUAUCAUCUGAUCCCUUAGCUGAUAAAAAUUAUACAGAAGACCUUUCAAAAUUACAGUCUCUUAUAUGUGGUCCUUCAUUUGACAUAGCUUCCGUGAUUCCAUUCUUGGAGCCACUGUCAGAAGACACUGUUGCUGGCCUCAGUGUCCAUGUUCUGUGUCGUACGCGCCUGAAAGAGUAUGAGCAGUGCAUAGACACACUGUUAGAGAGAUGCCCAGAGGCUGUCAUCCCGUACGCUAAUCACGAACUGAAAGAAGAGAACCGGACUUUAUGGUGGAAAAAAUUGCUGCCUGAACUUUGUCAGAGAAUAAAAUGUGGUGGAGAGAAAUACCAACUUCAUCUGUCAUCAUUAAAAGAAACAUUGUCAAUUGUUGCUGUGGAACUGGAACUAAGGGAUUUCUUGAAUGUUCUCCCAGAAGAUGGCACUGCAGCAUUUUUCUUGCCAUAUCUUCUUUACUGUAGUCGAAAAAAGUCAUUGAGUUGAAGGUGUCAUUUGGAAAACAACACAGUAGUAUGUGAAACUGAAUUUAAAAAACUGAAUGCCAGGUAAAAAUACAAGCAAAGAAUUUUUUGUAUUUUACAAAUGUAUGUAUUAUGGAUGCUUUUAGGCUAAGGUAAGCCUGAGAAUGCAGUGGUAACUAUGAGUUUCUUAAUUUAUGACCUGAAUUCAUUUAAUUGUCCAUAAUGUAAAAAAAAAGCUUCAAGACAUAAGAAUUCUUCAAAGAAGCCAUGUAUUUUU